AUGCCUGCUUUUGAAAGCCACGCCGGAGACCCUGGAAUUCGGCUGUUCGGUCGGACAAUAGAGGCCACAACCAGCCAAAGCGACACGCCUCGCGUGUCGGUAUCUGGCGAAUCAAGGCGAAGCAAUGGCGGGCGGGAGGAUGACACAGCCGAAACUGCCGGAUCUUCCGCCGUCAAUUCCGCAGCCUCACAGCAGCAAUGCCGCGGACUUGAUGCGAUACUAGCCGCGGCAAUGGAGGGCCAAGAAGCGACUGGCAAACCAAAGCAAGCCCGCGUCCCAAGUUGCUCGAGCAUGAAAAGCCAAGUCGACGACGAGCCGCGCGCAGGAAACGGCGCGACGGAAGGCGAGGACAACGCGGGAUGCCGAAAGCACUCGACGAUUUCUCAAGCAGAACAAGCAGAGCAAGGUCAACGCAGCAAUGGCGCCGGCGCCGGCGCCGGGGAUCAGCACAGCGACAGCGACGGCGCCGGGGACAGCGGCGUGGACGAGCCGACGGAGCAGGCGCAAGCGCAAUUGGCGCAGCCAACGACGGGAGCUCAGGAGCAGGCGGCUUCCGAACGUGCGGACGGGCAGGAGCAGCAGCAGCAGCCGCAAUUGGAGCAGCAGGAGCAGCAGUCGCUGAAGCGGCCGACUAAGAAGCUUCCUUGCCCGCGGUGCGCUAGUAUGGAUACGAAAUUCUGCUAUUACAACAACUACAAUGCGUCGCAGCCGCGCCAUUUCUGCAAGGGCUGCCAGCGCUACUGGACCGCCGGUGGAACGCUCCGCAACGUCCCCGUCGGCUCCGGCCGUCGAAAGGGCAAGAUCCCCGCGAGCGCCGCCGCCGCCGCUGCGGGCUCCCCGGGGGGUCAGCAGCCCCCUGCCGGUCUCCCGUCAGGUGGUCGCAGCUGCAGCCCAGACGGCAGCAGCGUCACUGGAUUGACCGGAUUGACCAGCUUGUCCAGCGGAAUGGCGAGUCCGGGGGCGGAAGUGUUGAGUCUGAGCUCCCCAGCCGCCGCCGCCGCCGCUGCCGCCGCAAUGGCCGCCGCGUCUGCCGCCGCAGCCGUCGCGGGGUCUUCUCGGUGGGGCAUUGAUCCCGCCGUCGUUGCGACAGACGCGGGUUCGAAUCCGUUUGCUGCCGCUUUACCACACGGCCAGUUUGUGCCGUCUAAUCUGCCGACGCAUCUGCCGGCGCAUCUGCCGGCGCACUUGCCUCCGCAUAUGGCGGUCGACAGCACCGCCGCUCUCCGCCAAAUGGGCCUUCCCUCGGCCUUUUCCGCCCCCACCGGCGCAACUUUCGCCUCGCCGCCUGCCGCGCCCGGCGCGCAGGCUCCAGCCGGAAUGGCGGGAAGCCCGGCGGGUUUGGCUGCGCUUUAUCCGUGGCGAUUCGGUGGCGUUCCCUUCGCGGCGGGGCAGGCUCCCGCCGAAGCUCCGCUGUCUCUCCCCGGACUCCCCAACUUACCCGCGCCUUCCGCGUACGGCGGUUUGGCGCGCGGAAGCCCGUCCGCCUUCUGCCCCUCCACAACAGCUGCACCAAGUAGCGCUCCUGGCGCGAGCGCUAGCGUGAGCGCCAGCCCUUCCGCGCACGCGCCGUUCCCCAUCUCCGCGCCCGUACCUUCCACCUGGUCCCCGUACAUGGGCGCAUAUCCCCCCGGAUUCGCCCCUCUUCACCCCAUGUCUGCGCAGCAUCCGCCUGGUGCUUCCCCCUUCGCUUCGCCCUUCAACGUGCCUGCCUUUCCGCCUGGAGCGAUUGCGCCCUGGUCCUCUGCGGGUUUUUCUCAUCCGCCUCUCCCCCACCCUUCGCAGCUUCCGCCGCACCCGCCCAUGGACCUUUCCCGCCCAUCGGAAGUGAAUUUCCCCGCGUCCGCGCAGUUGAGUGGGAAGAGGGGGAGGGAGGCCGAGGGGAAUGCGAGCGCUGCCGAUGGCGCAGUGGACUUUUUGAACAAACGGCAACGAGAGAGUUGA